AUUGACCUUCAGUGAACAAUUAAGAACGAAAGCUAAUCAGCCCCUCCAAGCCAUGAUAACGCAGUUCAAAGAAAACGCAAUGUUCACCGACAGCAAAAUGUUGUUGACGUUGUUGACGAUUGCGCUGCUUAUGGUAGGCUGCUCUUCAAAGCCAAGUUAUGUCAUAACAGCUCCCAACAUAUUCUAUGUUGGCGUUCCUCAACCAAUCCAUGUGGCACUGUUUGAUGUCAAAUGGUCGCAUACCAUCGAACUGGAAUUACGUGUUUUCCUAUCAUAUGGGGAGACUAAGGUGAUAGCUUCGCAACGUGACAGGAUUUCCGCAGAUAAUGGAAAACUUUUUUCCUUGACGGUUGGUCCAGAAGUUUCAAAAUUCCAAUCCUCGCAGGAUAGAGGUUUUGUUUACCUCUUAUCGAGGAUCAAAGGUCCAGAACUUCAUAUCUCCAAAAACACGAAAGUUAAUGUGAGCUACAGUGAUGGAGUAAUCUUAAUACAGACCGACAAACCGAUCUAUACACCCAAGCAAACAGUGAAAAUACGGGUUGUUCCUCUUGGAUUCGACUUGAUGCCAAGUGCAAAAAAGAUUAACCUUGUUGUAAAGAAUCCUCAUGGCAUUGGAGUAAGGCAGUGGGAAAGUCUGAAUACCACCUUGGGUUUUAUAAGCAAGAACAUCGACAUUGGCAGUUAUGCGUUGGCUGGUAUCUGGACAAUAGAAGCUUAUUAUGGUCAUCAGUUUCUCUACAAUGCAUCUUCGAGGUUUGAAGUACGCGAAUACGUUCUUCCAAGGUUUUCAGUCAAGAUCAGCAAUCCACUCUACAUCUUACCCACCCUGGACUCUUUCAAAGUAAAAGGAACGGCUAAAUAUACCUAUGGAAAACCUGUGCAAGGAACAGCUACUGUGAGACUGAGUAUCGCGGGAAAUCCACAGGAAAAGGCAAUGUCUCUGUCGACGUCCAAAAUAAAGCUGGUUAAUGGAGAGUUUGAGCACCCAAUAAAAAUGGACAGAAUUAAAACCAAAUUACGCGAGAAGUGGUUUCCUGAAGGUUAUCGCCUUCAUAUCGAGGCUGAUGUGACAGAGAAGUCGACAGGUAAAACAGAGAGAGCAGUGGAGAGGUCUGUCUACUUCGUGACGACACCGUACCUUAUUGAAUACGUCAACACAGCGCGAUAUUUUAAACCAGGAUUACCAUUUUCAAUAGUGGUAAUAGUAAAGUUCACUAAUGGGCAAGUUGCGCGAAAAAUUCCAAUGAAGGUUUUGGUUGAAGCCUUCAAAACUGAUGGGAGGAAGAUCAAUGCAUCAGACCCGAAACAAAUUCAAGGCAGUGGAUUCAAUUGGAAUAGAGCAAACACUGAUGAUAAUGGUAGAGCAGAAUUCGUUAUUAAUAUUGCACGACAAGUCAAAGAGCUCCAAAUCAAGGUAAAAACAAACUUGCAGAAUAUACCUAAAGAACAGAAUGCUUUCAAGGAACUGGUGAUGGAUGCAUCUGAAUCCCACGAGCUGAUGAAAUUAAGGCAGACAAAUAAACCAGCUAGGGUCGGAACUAACGCCGUCUGUGAUGCCGUACUUACCAGCAAAACUGUAGACCAGCUUACUUACUUUGUAAUAUCUCGUGGGCAAAUAAUUUACAGUGCAACGAUCAAAAAGCUCCUAGGUAUCAUCACUACUAUUUCUUUCAAAGUCACAUCACCGAUGUCUCCAUCUUCUCGUUUGUUUGCUUACUACGUCAGCAAGGAGACAGGAAGAGUCGUCUCUGAUAGCAUCCUCUUGGAAGUCGAACAUAAAUUCCCAAAUCCUAUAUUUUUGAAGGACUCGGACAGAAGGAACGAGGAACCUCCUUCAAUGCCGUACAACAUCAAGAUCGUGGGUACUGUGGGAACCAAAGUGGGUCUCCUUGGAGUCGACCAAAGUGUUUAUCUUUUGAGUAAAAGUAACAUACUCACUGCAGAUAGUGUGUUUAAAAAGCAAGAAGAGCUUGACCUUGGCUGUGGUGCCGGAAGUGGAAGAAACUCCGAAGACAUGUUUAGGAAUGCUGGAAUGGUGGUACUGUCGAGUGAUAUAGAGGUAUCCGGAGAGCAAAAAUGCAAAGGGGAGCACAAAAGGGAAAGAAGAUCAAUAGAAGAGCACCGCGACUUUUGUUGCAGCCUUGGGAACAAAACAGACACGAUAAAAAGAAGCUGCUUCAGACGGCUAAAAGACUUAGACGUAGGGAUUUACAAUGCAAAGCAGCGCUAUGACUGCAGGAAGACUUUCUGGAUGUGCUGCAUACACAAGUUUGGAAGAAAUGAAUCAGGUAUUUUCGCACGAGCAAGAAGUGGCGUAGACCUAGAAGCACUGGAUUUUGGAGACGAACAACAAGAAGACGAUGCUUUAAACAUCCAAACUCGCCAAUACUUUCCAGAAACUUGGAUCAACAAAGAAUUAACAAUAAGUCAACAUGAAAGAAACGGAGAGUGUAGAGCAUUACUAAGUCAAGAGCUUCAGCAUAAAUGUGGUUCAGCGGUCUUACCUGUUUCUUUACCGGAUACCAUGACAACAUGGGUGGUGCAGGCGAUAGGAGUGUCCAGUUCGGCUGGUUUUGGUAUCGCUAAGCCACUACACAUCACAACCUUCAAACCUUUCUUCAUCUAUCUUUCCAUGCCAUAUUCUGUACAAAGAGGAGAGGAAAUCACUAUCCUGGCCACUCUCUUUAACUACAAGAAUUAUGAUGUUUCGGUUCACCUAUUCCUCAAAGGCGACCAAGGCUUUUGCUCAGCUGCGCAGCCUGGGAAAAUGACCAAACUGACAACCUCAAAAAUAAACAUCCCUCCACAAGACACAGUCGCUUUCCCUAUUACAAUCGUUCCAAUCAAAUUUGGUAAAGUGCCAAUCGAGGUCAUAGCAGUUGGCGACAUUGGAGAUGACAGAGUCUUAAAAACACUGAAUGUAGUUCCCGAAGGUAUUGAAGAAAGACUGACUCAGUCGUAUGUACUGGAUCCUCAAGAACUGCUAAAAGGAAGAAAAGAACGAGAGGAAAACCAACAAAACAAAGCUGAAAAACUUUCUUUCCAAAGUACACAAGCACACAAAGACUUCAAGCAGAAGAAUAAAAUCAAGUUGGACAUACCAAAAAAUGCAAUCCCUGGAUCAAUUUCUGCCAAGGCUUACUUUACUGGCAACAUGAUUGGACAGGCCCUAACUAAUCUGGCCGCCGGACAAAUGGUGUCUCUCCUUCAGAUGCCUGAUGGUUGUGGUGAACAGAACAUGGUGAGAAUAGCCCCUAAUGUUUAUAUUCUACAUUAUCUGAAGAAAACGAACCAGAUGACUCCAGAACUGGAAAAAAAGAAAGAGAAGUUCAUCCAGGAAGGUUAUAUACAUGAAUUGAACUACCGCAAGAAGGAUGGUUCUUUUGCACUUUUCAAAAGAGAGUAUAAUAAAGGAAGUACAUGGUUGACAGCAUUUGUCUUGAAAGUCUUCUGUCAAGCCAGCAAACUAAGUGGUGUUAAUAUUGACCGUAACGUCUUAUGUCAAUCUGCAAAGUGGCUGAUUGGAAACCAGAGACAAGAUGGGGCAUUUGUAGAACAUGCAAACAUGAGAUCUAUUCAGGGCGGUGUGUAUACAAGUGAUGUGACGUUAACAGCAGCUGUGGUUAUUGCACUAAAACAAUGUCAGUGUGGAAUGGCCGAGGUUAAUUCCGCUGUGGAGCGUGCAGUUGGUUUUAUUGAGAAAAACGUUACGACUCUUGCUGAUGCCUACAGUCUCGCAAUAACUACAUAUGCUUUAGUAUUAGCUAACAGUCCUGAACGAUUCAGAGCCAACCAAAAAUUAAUACAAAAGGCAACAUAUAAUCAAGGAUCAUCCAACCGAUACUGGGAGACAGGCUCAAAGGCCCGUAACAUCGAGACCGCUGGUUACGCACUGAUGGCUCAAGUGGCCUUGAACAGAUUUGAAUAUGCUGGUCCCAUCGUAGUCUGGUUAACUAAACAGAGAAGCUUUGGAGGAGGCUUUGUGUCAACUGCGGAUACCUGUGUUGCCCUGGAAUCCAUCGCAAAGUAUAGCGAGCAGAGACAAAAGUUCCAGCUUGACUUGAGGAUAAGAAUGAAGAACAAGAUAAUGAGGAUCACCAAGAACAAUGCCUUCAUGCAGCAAGAAGCAGAUCUUACAGAACAAACAGGAGACGAAGUUGGCAUCCAGACUUCAGGCAGUGGUGUAGGCCAAAUGCAGGUUGAUAUCAAGUAUAACGUUCCUUACAAAGAAAACGAAAGAUGCGACUUUGACGUAAAGGUGAUUGCAACCGAAGAAGGUUCUGGGCGUUUCAUAUCUACUACUUCGUCCGCCAGGAAUAACGUUCCAGCUCGUUCAAGGUCAAGGCGAGCUCUGAAGGCAAAAUCCGCAAAAUCAAAGAAAAGAAAGGAUAAAAACCAAGCCAAAAAGGGAAAACCUGGCAAAAGCAAGAAAAAUAAGAAAAGGAGGAAAAAUAAUCGAAAGAAAAAUCAAAAGAAACAUCAGAAGAAAAAUCAGAGGAAGAAUAAAAGAAGGAAUAAAGGAAAGAGCAAAAAGAGAGAAAAAAAUAAUAGAAAACCUCAAAGCAUUGACAUACCAAAAAAACUCGUAUUAAGGGUUUGCACAAAAUACAGGAAGUCUGGACAAACUGGGAUGGCCAUAAUCGAGGUUGGUCUUGUAACUGGAUUUUCCGCCGACGAGGACACCUUGAUCAAGCUGGUUGAAAAAAAGAACAACAGUAUUGAAAGAUAUGAGUUAUCAGACAGAGCAGUCGUAUUCUACGUAAAUCAGAUCGUCAAUUCUCGGAGAAUCUGCAUUGCAUUCCACUUGAUUCGUAUCUUCGAUGUAGGAAUAAUUCAGCCCGUCCCUAUCAAAGUCUAUSACUAUUACGAGCCCGAUACCAAGUGCACCCUUUUCUACAACCUGGGGAGUAAAAGGAGGCCAGUUGGAAGCUGCAAGAAAGAAAAAUGCAAGUGUACACAAGGCAUGUGUGCUGAACCCGAUCCUUACAUCAAUAAUAUCGACGAUCUGAUCAAUGAAGUCUGCAAUGUCUAUAACUAUGCAUUCAAAGGCAAGGUGGUAGGAAUAGACGAGAAUACUGAUACCAAUCCAAUGGCCAUGACAUAUCAAAUCAACAUAACACAGAUCAUCAAACAAGGCAGUUCAAUAUUCCAAACCCAAAAGGCUUACUUAUUCAAUAAGCCAGGUAUCUGCCACUACCCUGAUUUUGAGUUUGAAGAUGAGGUUUUUAUCAUGGGCAAAAACAAGAAUGGUGUGCAGUUCCUCGACAGGGACACAUUUGUGAAGACGCUGAGUCGCAGACAGCGAUUCGUGAAUAAGAUAGCGAAGCAUAUCCGUCACGGGAAGUGUACGUGAUUCACUUUGAGCAGAAAGGAUGCCUUAAAAAAGAAAUUCAGAGUAAUCCCAAAGUCUAUAAAAUAAAUUUUUUCUAGGUUUCUCUAAAAAAUGAUUAUUAUUUUAGUAAAAACUUAAUAUGUAUCAGGGCUAUCUUACGUUUUAAUGCAUGCAACCAAUCCUAUCCCAUAUUCUGAUCGAUUCGCACUUAGAUAUGCAACUAAAUGUAGUUUUUGAAAUUUUUUUGAAAUUUCUAGAACCGAUCAUAAGUUUUAUGUGUUAUUAUAACAAAUCAUGGUUUUUAAGAUUACAAUAUUUUUGCUAUGUGCCACGUGUUACUUAAAACAUACACUUUUUUGUAAUCCGGCAUCAAAUACGCUAUCAAAAUAAAAUUGACGAAACCAG